GAGCGACGCCGACAAGAGCAAGAGCAAAGACAAGCGGAAGCGAGUUCACGACUGGCCGUGGAAGAAUGGUUGCAACAUGCGCAGGCAGAAGAAGCGCAGCGACAGAUGGUUACGUGUUUUCCACGUUUGUCGACACAUCACCUGCCGUUCCAGUGUUGCGGAGAAAGAGGCAGAGGAGAGACAGCGCCUGGAAGAGGAGCAGCGCCGAGAAGAGGCCAGGCCUUCGCAGUCCUUUCUGUGUCACGUGGUGACUUGCCAGGAGCGACUGCGACAAGAGCAGCAGCACAGAGAAGCUGAAGAGCUCGCACGGAUGGCCGCGGAAGAGCAACUGCUGCGUGAACGUGUGCAGGCAGAAAAAGCACGGCGACAGAUGGAGGAGGG